UUAUCGCGUCACCAACUCGUUUCAGAGUGAGAGAGGAAAGUUACAAUCGUUCUAUAUUUAUCUUUCUCUGCGACAGAAAGAUAAAUACAAUGUAAAAUAUUUUAGCAAGUCAUUAAAAAAUUUAUCUUUUUGCCAAAGAUUAAUUUCUAAUAAGCAAUAUUUUGAGAUUUCGUUCUGUUGGGCAAAGAACUUGGAUUUUUAGAGAGAAAUUAUAUUUUAAGAGGUAUAAAAGAAUUUUAAAUGGAAACGAUACGAGAUUUACCGAAAAAUGGACCAUUAGAGGAAUAUAGAAAGAGAGCGAGUUUUAAUUGGAAGUCGUUUAAGAUUCACUUAGAAGGUGAAAAGUUCGUGAGAUCACAAGAAGAAUUAUGGAAGUUUCUUGAAAAAAAUCCAGAAUUCCAACAUCCCAGAAGAUCGUUAAAUUUGGACGAAACACGUAGAAGAUGUUAUCGACAAGUCAACGAAAUCUCUAAAAUCGAUGAUGGCAAAUCAAGCAAAUGGCAUUUUUUGCUAAGUCUUUACGAUACUUCAUUGCCACUGUUAAAAGGUCUCAGUCGUGGAACAGUUUCAAAUGCAAUUAUCGAUUUAGGAACCGAAAAUCAUCAAAAAUUGGUUGAAAAAUUUAAAAGUGGCGCAUUUCGAGGCUGUUUAUGUUUCACGGAAAUCUCUCAUGGGACGAAUCUUAAAGGUUUGCAAACCACAGCAACGUAUGAUGUUGAAACGGAAAAUUUUAUUAUCAACACGCCAAAUUUUCAAGCCGCCAAAUGUUGGUCCGGAGUAUUGGGAAAAACAGCGACGCAUGCACUUCUUUACGCGCAAUUAAUAACUCCCGAUGGAAGAAAUCACGGUCUCCAUCCAUUUAUUAUUCCGAUUCGAAAUCCAGAAACAAUUUUACCUCUGCCGGGAAUAAUUAUCGGUGAUAUGGGCGAAAAAAUUGGUCUCAAUGGUUUGGACAAUGGUUUCAUGUCAUUUAAAAAUUAUUCUGUACCUCGUGAGUGUUUACUCAAUAAAAUUACCGAUGUAACGAGGGACGGAAAAUAUGUUACAGUCCUAAAAGAUUCUAGUCAACGUUUCGGAGCAAGCAUAAGUCCUCUUUCUACUGGCAGAAUGAGAAUUAUUUUCAUUAACACAAUGUACAUGAGACUUGCUUUGAUAAUUGCAAUUCGAUAUUGUGCCUCAAGAAGGCAAUUUGGACCAAAAGAAAAAGAGGAAAUACCAGUGAUUGAGUAUCAAGUUCAGCAAGGGAGACUUUUCCCUCAUUUAGCCGCUUUGUAUGCACUGACAGUCUUCAGUUAUGAAGUUCUCGAAAUUGUUGAUUCGAAAAAAUCCAAAGAUUUAAAAACUAUUAUCGCAGAAGGAACGGAAUUGCACGCACUUUCGUCAGCGGGGAAACCUCUUUCUGGGUGGUUAGCUCGCGACGCUAUUCAGGAUUGCAGGGAAGCUUGUGGUGGUCACGGAUACCUAAAAGCAUCGCGAUUAGGAGAAAUGAGAGCAGCAAACGACGCCAGUUGUACUUACGAGGGAGAAAACACAGUUUUAAUUCAGCAGGCGAGUAAUUGGCUUUUGAAUCAAUGGGACAGUUUUAAACGUGGAAAAGGAAUUUCCACUCCACUUGGAACAGCGGGAUUUAUAAAAACUUCUGUUUACAUUCUUUCGCAAAAAUUCCACGCCACUAGCAUCGAGGAAACACUAAAGCUCGACAAUCUUCUCAUCAUGCACAAAUGGCUGAUAUGCUACUAUCUCAACAAAACUUACGAGCAAACGCAAUUUUUAAGGAAACAAGGAAUGAAUUCUUUUGAAAUCCGUAACAAUUCACAAAUGUUCCUUGCUCGUACCUUGUCAUUGGUUUAUGCCGAGCAUGCGGUGGUGAAAAUUUUCAUGGAUCGAAUCAAUGAUCCUGUUUUCCCCGAAUCGGAACGUUGUGUUUUGAGAAAAUUGUGCGCCAUAUUCUCCGCAUGGUGCCUCGAAAAAAGAAUGUCCGACUUUUAUGCCGGUGGAUUUGCAAAUGCAAAUUCGAAACUCGACGUUUUACUUCGUGAGGGAAUUGUUUCACUCAACAAGGAUUUACUGAGUGAAGUUGUGGCUUUAAUUGACGUUCUUGCGCCUCCAGAUUUCGUUGUCAAUUCUCCCCUUGGAAUGUCGGAUGGCGAGAUUUACAAACAUUUGGAAGAGACCUUUUUCAAGGAUCCGAAAAACUUCGAACGUCCAUCUUGGUGGAUGGAAUUAAAAUCAAACUUAUAAUUCGAUAUGAAAGAAACAUUUGGUAAAAGAAAAUAAAAAUUAAAUUUACCGGAGUUAAGGAGAAAUAUUUUUGUAAUUUUCAUAUUUUUGUAAAGUAAAUUUUAAAAUUUUUAAUCUAAUAAAUUCUUGUGUUGUUCUACAAA